AGCGCGCGGCUGGCGGGGGCGCGGGUGCGGGGUCAGCGCAGGCUCGCGCAGGGCGGCGCGGGUCCGGGCAUGAAGCUGGGCCGGGCCGUGCUGGCCCUGCUGCUGCUGGCGCCGUGGGUGGUGCGGGCGGUGGAGCCCAUCAGCCUGGGACUGGCCCUGGCCGGCGUGCUCACCGGUUACAUCUCCUACCCGCGCCUCUACUGCCUGUUCGCCGAGUGCUGCGGCCAGAAGCGGAGCCUGAGCCGGGAGGCGCUGCAGAAGGAUCUGGAUAACAAGCUCUUUGGACAGCAUCUUGCAAAGAAAGUCAUCUUAAACGCUGUGUCUGGUUUCCUAAGCAACCCGAGGCCCAAGAAACCUCUCACGCUCUCCUUGCACGGGUGGACCGGCACGGGCAAAAAUUUUGUCAGCAAGAUCAUCGCGGAGAAUAUUUACGAGGGCGGUCUGAAUAGUGACUACGUUCACCUGUUUGUGGCCACGCUGCACUUCCCCCACGCCUCGAACAUCACCCUGUAUAAGGACCAGUUACAGUUGUGGAUUCGAGGCAACGUGAGUGCCUGUGCGAGGUCCAUCUUCAUCUUCGACGAGAUGGACAAGAUGCACGCUGGCCUCAUAGAUGCCAUCAAGCCUUUCCUGGACUAUUACGACGUGGUGGACGAGGUCUCCUACCAGAAGGCCAUCUUCAUAUUCCUCAGCAACGCUGGAGCGGAGAGGAUCACAGAUGUGGCUUUGGAUUUCUGGAGAAGAGGGAAGCAGAGGGAAGAAAUCAGACUCAAGGACAUGGAGCACGCCCUGUCUGUGUCAGUCUUCAACAACAGGAACAGGGGACGCGACAGUCUGCUGCAGCUCCUUUCCCGGGAAGAGCAAUCAAAUGGAUGUUUCCCAGUGGAUGCAGCAGGAAUUCUGGGCCUCGUUCCCAUCCCUGGGAGGCCACCACGCCACACCUUACAGACCCUGGAUUGUGGACAGGAAGCUUCUGGAGCCUUCAGAGAAACUAAUAGCUCCCAGCCCACCAGCUCCAGGGCUCAUGAUUUUUAAAGAAUUAUGUUUUAAUUUCACUUGUUUCUGUUUCAAGGAAAGACAAAUAAGUUUUACUGGAAAUGUGGUAACUUUAUUUAAGAUGGUUUUUAACAUUAUGAGGAACUCUUCAAAUUCUAAGUUUCUGGCUUCAUGUGGUUUUUUUCAAAUCCCCAUCAUUCUACACCAUUCAUGUCUACUGCAUUAAAAACAAAAAAAACCCAAGCACAGAUCCU